UUCUUUAUAAAACUCAAAUCCCACGUUUUACCCGUGUAGAGACUGCCUGGGUUGGAGCUGGUCCAAGCAAAAGUUGGCGAAGGUUAAAUUGGAAAAAGGAAGAGAGACAGAAUGAAAAAGAGGCAGCGGGAAAACUGCAACGGAUGACAAGAAUAUGAAGAUCUCAACAUCCUACUGCCAAAGCACAAAGGAAUGUUUUUAUGUUGUCUUCCAAAAAGAUAUAACAAGAAGACAAGUAGGAAAGAAAAUGACAAGGCAUUUAUACCCCUGAAGGGAAAUUUAUACGGUCAGGGGAGUUGCAGAUGACUUGCAAAGUUGGCAAACAAGGAGCCGUGGUGAUGCUCCACAGCUGCAAAGGGCAGGGGAAGCACAACGAGCUUUCCUCAAGAAUAAUGCAGGAUCAUCUUAUAAAGACCGUGGGAGCUCUGUGGAGCCUUACCUCAGAACACGCCCACUUUUCUAUACUUCAUUCUUUUUUCUUUUUUCCUUUGGGGAGUAAUCUCCUUGAAUUGGGCUUACCAUGUUUGCUGCCCAAGCACUAGCAGGACAAGCCAAACCAGCUCCUUGGAUCGCUGUUCAUAGAUCCAGUGGAUAUUCGCGCACACCCAAUUCCAAAACUGCUACAUUUAGGUCCCUCUGUUUCCGAGAAUCAUAUAAUAAUUUGGGUUAUGGUGCUUAUCCCACGAGUAUUGGAAUUGGAGGGAAAACACUGCAUAAUGGCAGAGUUGUUUCUCCUAGGGCAGUGUCUGAUUCCAGAAACUCUAAGCCUUGUCUUGAUCCGGAUGUCAGCCAGAGUGUAUUGGGCAUCAUUCUUGGAGGGGGUGCAGGAACUCGCCUGUAUCCAUUGACGAAGAAUAGAGCAAAGCCUGCUGUACCUUUGGGUGCCAAUUACAGACUGAUUGAUAUUCCUGUCAGUAACUGCAUCAACAGUAACAUCACAAAAGUCUAUGUUCUUACUCAGUUUAAUUCUGCCUCUCUCAACCGCCAUAUUUCACAGGCGUAUGAUGGAAACACUGGUAACUACAGGAAUGAGGGAUUUGUGGAGGUACUUGCAGCUCAGCAGAGUCCUGAAAACCCCAACUGGUUCCAAGGAACAGCCGAUGCUGUGAGACAAUACUUAUGGCUACUUGAUGAACAUCCUGUGAUGGAAUUUCUAAUAUUGGCUGGAGACCAUCUUUAUCGAAUGGAUUAUCAGAACUUUAUUCGAACUCAUCGCGAAAGCCAUGCAGACAUUACUGUUGCAGCUUUGCCUGUGGAUGAGAAGAGAGCAGGAUCCUUAGGUUUGAUGAAGAUUGAUAAUGAAGGUCGUAUUAUUGAAUUUGUAGAGAAACCCAAGGGAGAAAAACUGAAGGCUAUGGGAGUGGAAACCUCAGUUGUAGGUCUCAAUGACAAUCAUCAAAAGGAAAUUCAUUAUAUUGCAAGCAUGGGCAUUUAUGUAAUUAGCAAAGAAGUAAUGAAGAGGUUACUGAAUGAAGAGUUUCUCCAAGCCAAUGACUUUGGAAGUGAAAUAAUACCCAAUGCUACUUCGAUCGGGAUGCGGGUUCAAGCUUAUCUAUUUGAUGGAUACUGGGAAGACAUAGGUACCAUUGAUGCUUUCUACAAUGCAAACUUAAGGCUCACCAUGAGGCCAGUCCCUGAUUUCAGUUUCUAUGACAGUCUUUCUCCAAUCUAUACUAAAAAGCGAUUCUUGCCACCUUCAAAGGUGCUCGAUGCAGAGUUGACUGACUGUCUCAUUGGUGAAGGAUGCAUCUUGAAGAAUUGUAAAAUUAUCCACUCAGUUGUUGGGUUACGUUCUUGGAUUGAAGAUGGUGCAAUCAUAGAAGAUUCUCUACUUAUGGGUGCUGAUUACUACGAAACUGAUGAAGAGAGAAGUGCAAUAGUGGCAAAAAAUGGUGUCCAAAUCGGCAUUGGAAGAAAUACACAUGUAAGAAGAGCAAUAAUUGACAAAAAUGUUCGUAUUGGAGACAAUGUUAAGAUAAUAAAUGCUGACAACGUGCAAGAAGCAGAUAGAGAGAUUGAUGGAUACUUUAUAAAGAGUGGCAUUGUCACUGUAAUAAAAAAUGCUUUAAUUCCUAGCGGAACAAUUAUUUAGGAUGAGUAUAGGUAUAUGCAGGAACUAUUUUUAAGCCUAAAAUUAUUCUUUCUUAUUUCAUUCUUUGAAUUUGUGUAUAUUUCACAUAGCAUGUCCAGGCAUUAGAUCAUUUUAAAUGUACGGAUUUCUCAAUACUUGAAUUACUACCAAGGAGAGUUCAGAGCAGAGAAACCUUCAGUUUGUACUUUUUUUUAAUUGAGGUCAUUCUAUGGGAAAUAAUGCUCAUUCCCAUGGUUUAAUGCAUCUGAUAUAUCUGGUUAAAAUUAAAACAACUUUAAGAAAAACCUUUCCAGAUUCUUACUAUGCAAUUAUUGUGUUUGUCACUCUUGAACUGUUUCUUUUGUCGUUGAAUGUAAAUUUGAUUGCUUUGGGUGAGCAUUACAGAAUCAAGUUCAAGAAUCCAAAUUUGUAUAUGGCUCAUGCUAUGUAAAGAAUCUGCUAUAUUGAAACAAGUACAUGAGGCCAUAAAAGAUGUAUUUUUAAAUGGUUUAAAAAAAAUAUAUAUGAAUUAUGAAAUUUGCAUA